AUGGUUUCGGGUCUACGUGGUGUGGAACAUUUCCUCGACGAUAUUCUGGUGCACAGCAAGACUCUCGUGGAUCAUAACCGAAUCAUCUACAUACUUUUCAACCGUCUGUGUGACUAUGGAUUCCGUCUACGUAUCCAACCCGAUCCAACCAAGAUUGCAGCCAUUUCGGAAAUGCCCGCACCAACCGACGUUCCCACAUUGCGCUCGUUCUUGGGUGCAGUCAAUUUUUAUGGCAAAUUCGUCCGCGAGAUGCACCAACUACGCCAUCCGUUAGACAACCUUCUGAAAAAGGACACGAAGUUCGAUUGGAGUAAGGAGUGUCAGCACGCUUUCCAAAACAUCAAAAAAGUGCUACAAUCUGGUCUGUUGCUCACCCACUACAAUCCAGAGCAAGAGAUUAUCGUGGCAGGAGAUGCGUCAAAAACUGGCAUUGGUGCAGUUAUUCUUCAUCGUUUUCCGAACGGCAUCAUCAAGGCUGUGUCACAUGCAUCGAAUUCGCUGACUGUAGCAAGGCAGAACUAUAGCCAAAUCGAAAAAGAAGCGUUGGCAUUGGUUUUUGCUUGCACGAAGUUCCAUCGUUUGCUGUGGGGUCGCCGGUUCACGCUGCAAACGGACCAUCAACCAUUGCUGAGAAUUUUCGGAUCCAAAAAGGGCAUUCCUGUACAUACCGCAAAUCGGCUCCAACGAUGGGCCCUGACACUUUUGGGAUACGAUUUCAACAUCGAAUACGUAUCAACUCAAGAUUUCGGUUACGCUGACGUACUUUCCUGGCUUAUCAGUAACCAUCCGAAACCCGACGAAGAAGCAGUCAUCGCUAUGGUUCGAGUCGAAGAUGACGUUAGUUCCUGUUUCCAUGACUCUAUUCUUGAUCUUCCAGUCACCCACAAGAGCCUGAAGAUCGCCACUAAGAAGGAUGCCGUGCUCCAGAAGGUAAUUUACUAUACACAAGGUUCCUGUCCAUCACGGUGCGAAGAUGUAGAAGUUCGAUCUUUCUUCAGCCGUCGAGAUUCCUACUCCGUAAUUGACGACUGUAUCAUGAUGGCGGAUCGAAUUGUAGUUCCCAAAAGCCUGCAGAAAAGGAUCCUCAAGCAAGUUCACCAAGGACAUCCUGGCAUCGAACGGGCAAAAGCUAUCGCUCGUGGAAUCGCUUUCUGGCCGACAAUAGAUGAAGAUAUCACCAACUACGUUCGUAGAUGCCCAAGCUGUGCGAAUGCUGCAAAAUCUCCACCACAUGCUCAACCACAACCGUGGCCUCGAGCAGAAGGACCCUGGCAACGACUCCACAUCGAUUUCGCUGGACCUGUGGAUGGAGAAUACUAUUUAGUUGUGGUGGAUUCUUUCUCAAAGUGGCCGGAAAUACUGCAAACUCGUUACCCGACUACUUCCACAACGACCACAUUUCUUCGAGAAUGCUUCGCAAGAUUUGGAAUUCCUACAGUCAUUGUGUCGGACAAUGGAAGCCAGUUCACCAGUGCUGAAUUCCGUGAUUUCUGCGAAGAAUUUGGGAUCGUCCAUUUCCGUACAGCUCCGUAUCAUCCACAAUCAAACGGGCAAGCGAGAGCGGUUCUGAGUGGACAAUCUCCAGCCGAGGUAAUGCUUGGACGCAAGAUGAGGACAACUUUGGACCUGUUACGACCGUCACCCAAACCAGAAUUUCACCCGCAACAUCAACCAGUCAAGCGAAGUUUCCUAGCUGGUGCUCGAGUUUAUGCCAAAGUCUACUCUGCAAACGAUAAGUGGAAGUGGAUGCCCGGUGUUGUGCUCGAAGCUAUUGGCAACGUCAACUACAAUAUAUUAUUGGACUGCCAAGUUGGUCGACGCAAAGUGCUACGUUCGCACAUUGAUCAACUCCGAACGGGAAUGGAAGAAGUUGCUCCUGCACCAGCACCAUUAUCCAUCUUGAUUGACGACUUUGGACUUACUCCAGCUGAACCAACACCUCAGCUGGACAGAACCCAAUCUUCGAUCCAGAACGAUCAACCAACACCUAAUGAAGUCCUGAACUUGAAUCAACCAACAUCCGAUGAGGAGCACGUUGAGUCAGCCGAGGUUCUUGAUCUUCAAGAUACGUUGUCGAGUGAAGGAGAUGAUACUCUACUGUCAAUGGAUGUUCCUCAGCCGAUUCUGACAUCGACACCUUUGCAACGUCCCGUGCGCUCAACCCGGCCACCAAUCAAGUUUCAAGAUUACCACUGCUACCAAAUUAGAGGGGGAGAUGCUACCUUGGCUACCAUGACUGUUUAUAGAUCACAGUAG